AUGGCCGCCAGGAUUGGACAUGACCGAAACGACGAUGGAGUCUUACCGUCAUCUGUCAGUGGAGGUCCGCACGGAGUAGGGGAUCCUGAUGACCGGACUCUUCGAAAAGUUGAACGCGAGAUCAUGAUUCCUUUGAAGAUGAAGGAAAAGGCCAAAGUGUUGAAGUGUCCCGAUGAAGUUAAAGAUUUUGGCGAGUGUGCCAGAUGUCAAGGUGUCAUGAUGCCAUUCAAAUGUCGCAAGGAGGCAGCCAGCUUAAAAUUAUGUCUGGCAUCUGCAUAUCAGGAUCCAACAUUUGUGGAACUUUGUACACAGGAAUAUCUCGAUGAACGGACAGAGUAUCGCCGUACAGGCAUCAAAAGAAAAGAGAAGAAAACUGUAUCGUGA